ACUCGUUGCCAACAACGGACGUACGCUUGUAUUACGCUUAGCAUCUUAACAAACCGAAAUACAAUACAAAAAGAAAAAAACCAACAACAAAUAUUACAAAAAACAUUAACAUCAAACGCUCGUCACACAAACUAAGGAAGAAAAAACAAAAAAAAAAAAAAGAUUCGUGUUGAAUUUUUAUUCAGUUUUGCAGUUUGGAGCAGCAACAUAAUUGCCGCCCCCUGCUCCCUUAACAUAGGGGUUUGUGUGAGUGUUAGACGGUGGGUUUUACAACUACAUACCCAUAAAAUACUGUGUAAAGUGUAAUUGUGUCUGUUUCGUCAUCAUCAUCGUUAUCGUCUUCUUCGUCGUCGUCGUCAACAUCAAUCGGAUGCUGGACUUUAGUUCAAUAACGUCUAUUACGUGCCAAAUGCAUUUAAAUAUUUGUUUCUUUUUUUAUUUCUUCAUACGUAACGUAACGUGAACGCGUUUAACGUGAGGAGGCUGCUGUUAGCCUGUUCGUGUGUGUGUUUGUGUGUAAAGUGUCUGUCCAGAUUAACUGUCUGCAUGUUGUUGCUGAUGAUGAUUAUUUUGAAAACUGGACGCGUGUGAACUUUUUCGUGCAAAAUUUUUUCUUUUUUACUAUUUGUGGCUAAUUCUAAACGUAACACGUUCGAUUGGCAGUGUAAUUUGAAUUUUGAUAAGUUUUAAUGUUGGUUUCAGCCACUAACCUUCAAACGUGUGCAACUUUAACAACAAAAUAAAACAAAAUAUACUACAACAAAACAAAAGGAUCAGUCAAAAAUAAUAUUUAUUUCAAAAAAAUUUAGCUUGAGUGUAAACAAGCCUAAAGAGUUAUUAUCCUCUAAAACAACUACAACAAACAAAUAAUAAAUAAAAAUCUAAACAAAACAACAAGUGAAAGUUCCUGUUUGCCCAAAAAAAAAAGUUAAAUUAAAUGACCCUUAAAAAAAUAUUUUAUUAAAUUAAACAAAAGGUCAUUUAUUAUUCACAAAAAAACCUUCAAGAAAAUUAGUGAAAAUGUUAUUUGUUAAAUAAUUUAAAAAAAAAAAAGAAAAACUUUACAAAUUGGAAAAUAUCUUUUUAAAAAAAUAUUUUCCUUAAUAACGAGCUUUAUUUUUUUUUAUAAAAAAGAGAAAAUAAAUAAAAUAUAAUAAAAAACUUAACCAUAAAAUGUUACCCUAUCAAGCUGUUGCCAUGGAUUAUGCUGGCUAUCAACGCCAACCCACACCCGGUCAUCCUGGCAGUCAUAUGGCCCCUAUGGGCUCUUUGGGUAUGACCGGACCGGGUGCCUUUACUCAUUCGUGGUUGGUGCCAACACAAGAUUUAUGCGCUGUGCCUUAUAAUAAAAUGCCAAAUCAACAUCAUCCCUCACAACAUCAACCACAACCUAUUGAACCAGGAAUUCUUGAGCUGCGCAAAGAGAAAUCACGUGAUGCGGCGCGUUCACGGCGUGGCAAAGAGAAUUUUGAAUUUUAUGAACUGGCAAAAAUGUUACCACUACCCGCCGCCAUAACCAGCCAAUUGGAUAAGGCAUCGAUAAUAAGACUGACCAUAAGCUAUUUAAAAUUAAGAGACUUUUCCGGUCAUGGUGAUCCACCAUGGACCAGAGAACAAACCACCAGCAGUAAAUUGAAAAGUGCAGCCAUAAGACGCAGUCCCGCCGUUGAUUUAUUUGAACAACAUCAGGGUACCCACAUAUUACAGUCUUUGGAUGGUUUUGCACUGGCCGUUGCAGCUGAUGGUCGUUUCCUGUAUAUAUCGGAAACGGUAUCUAUAUAUUUGGGCUUGUCACAGGUGGAAAUGACGGGCAGUAGUAUAUUUGAUUAUAUACAUCAAGGUGAUCAUGCAGAAAUUGCCGAACAAUUGGGUUUAAGUUUAACAUCGGGUGGUAUAGCCGGUUCCGGCUCACAAACAGGACCAGCUGGUCUGGCCUCACCACAUUCCGGGGGUUCCGAUGAUGGUGUGGGUAAUCAUGGUACCAAUAAUCCAGAUGUUUCAGGUCAAAUGACUGUUACUUCGAAUAGUGGUUAUAAGGGUUAUGAACGUUCCUUUUGUAUACGCAUGAAAUCUACCUUAACCAAACGAGGCUGUCAUUUUAAAUCUUCCGGUUAUAGAGUAGUUUUAUUAUUAUGUAAAUUACGGCCACAGUAUACAUUUUCGCAUACACGAAAAUCACAGCCACCACUUCUCGGUAUGGUGGCAUUGGCUAUAGCUUUGCCACCACCAUCAGUGCAUGAAAUUCGCUUGGAAUGUGACAUGUUUGUAACGAGAAUUAAUUUUGAUUUUCGCAUUGCCCACUGUGAGCCAAGAGUUUCCGAUUUAUUGGAUUAUACGCCCGAAGAUAUGGUGGGUAAAAGUAUGUAUUCGCUGUGCCAUGCCGAAGAUGCCAAUCGUAUGAGAAAACAUCAUAUGGAUUUAAUUGAAAAGGGUCAAGUUCUGACCGGCUACUAUCGUUUGAUGAACAAAAAUGGCGGCUACACGUGGAUGCAAAGUUGUGCCACUGUUGUUUGCAAUUCCAAAAAUGCCGAUGAACAGAAUAUCAUUUGUGUCAACUAUGUGAUCAGUAAUCGUGAAAAUGAAAAUCUCAUUUUGGAUUGUUGCCAAUUGGAACCAAGUAUAGAUAGCAUUAAGCAUGAAGAUAUGUCGAGCAUUGAUAAAAAUUCCGGUUCUCCCGGUGGUGAUGCUUCGGCUGCGGGUGAUAUUAGUCAUAAUGGUUUGGCGGGUACUGAAACAAAAUUAACAUCUCCCAAAACAGAACCAGAUGCUCAACAGCAACAGCAGCAGCAACAGCGAUCAAGGGGUAGAGGAUCAGCGAAUAAUGCCAACUCUAAUAUAAACUUAAUUAAGGAUACAAAUUCCACUGUUGGUUUAAAUGUAACAGAAGAUGGUUCUGUUAAUAGUUUACCCACAACAGUGGCCACAGCACCCACUCCUGCACCUACCACCACGAAACGUAAGCGUAAGAGUAAAAUUACUCCGGUACAACAACCGGUGGAUAAUGAUGUUGGUGUUAUGGAUAAUAAUAACUCCAUAAAUGAACCUAAUGCCAAAGUUCCUGCUGUAGAUCGUGAAACACCACGUUCUCGCUUGCCCUCCAUAAUCGAUGAACAGCAACAGCAACAACAACAACAACAACAGCAGCAACAAACACCAGCUCCUUCACAAAUACAAAAUCCGGAAACUUCCGUCAAGGAUUUGGAACAAGCCAUGUCUAAACAUUUGCCCUCACCGGGUAGUGUUAGCAAUGCGGGUCCCAAUACUACCGACUUUAGUACGGAUUCAUUGCUUAAGCAACAGCAACAACAGCAGCAGCAACAAAAUGAGAAAAGCAGCACCAUACAAUGGAUAGGAGCACCUCAUUAUCAGCAACCUGCUCCUCCCAUGCCUGCCACCGCCCUGCUAAGACAACUCUAUGCCAAUCGUGAAAGUGUGAUAAGAGCCACCGCUCGGCAAACACCCACCGGUGUUUUCUAUGGUGAUCAACAAACUGGUCCUUUACCCACACCACCCGGUAGUGAGUCUUCGUAUGAUAAUCAAUAUCUACAACUGCACUCUCAUCCCCAAAAGACCUCUUCUGAUGCCUUCACCAAUCUCGUCUCCACCUAUGGCAGCUAUCACAGUUCCAUUGAUUACCACAAUGCCAUGACACCGCCCAGUUCGGUUUCACCACGAGAUACUAACAAUUCUCUAAAUGCAGGUAAACCCACUACCACACUAACCUCUCUAAAUGGUGGCUAUGACUACGCUGAUCCUCUUAAGUCUCAGUAUACCACCACCACUAGCAGUGCCGCAGAUGUAUCCUCCGCUUUACCCCUCAAACCUCAACCUUACUCAGCAGCAGCUGCCAUGCAUCAUAAUAGUACCACCGAUGCUAGCAGCGGUUUAACCUAUAGUAAUUUAGAUCAACCUCAAUAUUUUGCACCUCAUUCGAGUUUUCAUUUAUAUCAUAAGGGUGCUCCAACGAGUGGUUGGUAUUCCACACCCUCAUAGGUCGACCUUCAACAAAAUUGUGAAUUUUAUACAGGAGCCUCAAACACUAUGAUAGACGCGAAUCAAAAUUAUACAACUGCUUCGAAUUCUUUACCCUCAAAGGAGAGUUGGGAUAUUGUGGGUGCUUUGGGUAAAGUGGCGCGUAUGUUUUUUAAUGUGAGGAAGGGUAAUUGAGAUGUUGUAUUUCCUUUUUUUUUAAUCUUUAGCUUCUAUUAGCAUUUUAGAGUAGUUUGUGGAAAGGAUAGCGAUCCGAAAUUUUGAUUCAAAUUCGCAGAGUUUGAAAGGCCCAAAGAAGACAUUUGUAACAUUAGUUUCUAAAACUGAAUGGAACUAAAUUGAUGAUUUUGUUUGCUCUAAAUUUGAAUUCGUAAGAACUUUUAAAGCUCUCUUUUAAACCAUUAGUUGUUAAUGCUCUCUUUUAAACCGUUAAUUGUUAUCGAGGUACGAGAUUAAUGGUUUGACUUAUUUUCUUUAUCAUUUACUAUUUCAGAUUCACUUGUAAUUUUUUAAGAACUAUUUCUAGCCACAAAAGAGAUUGAGAGAGAGAGAGAGUAAUGUUUGUUUUUAUACAUACGUGUAAGCAAAAGAUAAUAACAGUUUUCUUUGCUGCGACAUGAUUUCAUAAUACUAACUUUAACAAAUAAUUAACUACACUGAACAAUUUCCUUUUAAACAUAUUUCAACUGUUCUCUGUUCUGAUACAAAAUGUGAACAAGUAUUUACGAUUUUCUCUUGUAAUCAAAAUUAAGCAGAUUUAUAGGUCCACUUAUUAUUUUUAUAACUUAUAACUUAAGAUUCACUUUAAAUGUUUUAAGAACUAAGAGUAAAUCACAAUUUCUAGCCAAAUAAAAUAGACAUCAGCAAAAAGGGAGAGGGAGAGAAAUGUUUGUUUUUAUACAUGCGUGUAAGCAAAGGAGAAUACAAACUCACGAGAGCGCUCUUUGCUGGGGCAUGAUCAUUUGUUGGUUUUCUCACAACAUGAACUUUUACAAAUAAUUAAGCGCACUUUAAGAAAUUCGUUUUAAACAUAUUUCAACUGGUCCCUUUCUCAUCCAAAAUGCGAGUGCUUAUUGCUGGGGUGUAAAAGUCUAUCUAUAUAACGAAUUCGUUGCUCUUAAAACCAAAAGAAGUUUUAGAAGACUUUUCCGGUUUCACAAACUUCUUUGUUACUGGAACUUAAAUCUAAAGAGUUAAUGCCAUUUUUAAGAAAACGAAAAAGCCAUCGCUAAUCUAAAAUGUGGACGAGUUAUUUACACUUCCUGUUUUUUUAACCGAUAUGUAAAAUUUGGAGAAGUUGUUUAAGCUCCUUGUUUGUUAAAUCAACGGUUUAGUUUCUCUUUAAAUCAAAUCUACAGAGAUGUAUUUAAUCAUAAUAUUCAAGCAUUUAAAACAGUCAUUAGCAGAAAGAGAGAGAGUGAGAGUUAGUGAUGUUUGAAAGCAUGAGGAAAUAAGAUGUCAUGCUUACGUAAAAGUCUAUCUAUAUAACGAAUUUGUUGCUCUUGACCCCAAAAAAAGUUUUAGGAGACUUUUCUUGUUUCGCAAACUUCUUUGUCACUGGAACUUAAAUCUAAAGAGUUAACGCCAUUUCAAACAAAAAAGACCAUCGCUGGUCUAAAAUGUGGACGAGUUAUUUACAAUUCUUGUUUUUUUAACAUAUAUGUAAAAACAGUCAUUAGCAGAAAGAGAGAGAGAGAGAGAGUGAGAGUUUAGAGAUGUUUGAUAGCAAGAGAGAAUAAGAUGUCAUGCGAGAGCUCAUUGCUGAGGUGUAAAAUUGUCUCAUUUGUUCCACUUGAAACUUUUCGUGUUUCACAAAUUUCUUUGUCACUUGAACUAAAAUCUAACGAGUUAACGCCAUUUCUAAGAAAACAAAAGAAAGACAUGGCUGUUCUAACAUGUGGACGAGUUAAUUACACUCUAUCCUUGUUUCUUGACUUUUAAUGUUUUCCAAACUUCUUUCAAACUUAAACUAAAGUUUUCUUUUAACAAAUCUAAUGAGUUAAAGACAUUUCCAAGAAUUCUCCGUACAAGUUGAGACAGUUAUUAUAAUAAAAUUCCCAUUAAAAUUUGCCAAAGAAGUCUUUGCAAAUAAAAUAAAUCCAAUUAGAUGGUAAUGUUUGCUUAAAUCCUCGACACUUCCUUAAUAGUAACAAAUCAUUAAAAGAUUAACAUUUCACUACCCAGCCCCCUCCAAAUUGUGAGUUAUAAAGAGUAGAAGUAGCAAAAGGUGGUAAGAGGUUUCUGUCUAUUAUUUGGUGUUUAAAGCAAAUGUUAAGACACAUACCACAAACACUUAAUUAAAUGACUAUUAUAACUAAUUAAGUAUUUGUUUUUGUAAAAAAAAAAGUUAAGGCAGAUAACCACAAUUGCAAAAAAUAAAAAAACAACUUGUAAAAGUUAAGGUUUUGUUAUAAUGUACUAUGAACAAACACUAGACUUAAAAACUAAGAAUACUAUUAUAACUAUUAUAAUUAUGUUAUUAACUAAUGACAGACACUGUAAUUAAAACAAACAAAUGAACAAAAACAAAAAAAAAUAACUGACAAAAAUUGUGUCAAUUACAUACAUAGCAACAACAAAAACAAGUAAAAAAAUAUAUAUACAUAAAACAUUUUAUAACAAUAACUAUAAAAAAGUGUGUUGGUAUAUGUAUAUGUCUGUGUAAUAAAUUGACAUCGAACUUUUUAUU